AUGGCUAGCUUUACAAAUUACUUAUUCAGUCCUACAUAUCACCUCAGCAUUGCUCAUUAUUUCCUCAUCUUCUUUUUGGCCUCCUCAUAUCCACACACUAGUAAACUUCAUUUUGGUGAUGCACUUCCAAAUUCGAAACCAUGCAUCGACGAGGAGAGACGCGCUCUCCUCGCCUUCAAACAAGAUCUCACUGAUCCUUAUGGGAGGCUUUCUUCUUGGGUUGGUCAAGCUUGCUGUCAAUGGAAAGGCAUUUCAUGCAACAACAUCACAGGUCAUGUUGAAAAGAUUGAUCUCCAAAAUACAUACACAUACACACUUUCUGAUUUCGAUAGAGAGUGGGAUGAGAUGGAGAUCUCUUCUUUGGGUGGUAAGAUAAAUCCUUCUUUGCUUAGCUUGAAACAUUUGAGCUACCUAGAUCUAAGUAUGAAUGAUUUUCAAGGGAUUCUCAUUCCCACAUUCUUUGGUCAGCUCAAAAGUUUGAGGUAUCUCAAUAUCUCACAUGCUUCAUUUGGAGGAGAGAUUCCAGCUCAUCUUGGUAAUCUAUCAAACUUGAACUAUCUUGACCUAAGUGAAGAGUCUGACCACUGUUUACUUGAACUACCUUCCAACAGCUUGAAAUGGCUUUCCAAUCUCUCUUCCCUAAAAUACCUCAGUCUUGAAGGAGUGGACCUCAGCAACACUGGGGUAAGUUUGGUAAUUGCUUUUAACAAGUUUCCUUCCCUACUAGAGUUGCACCUACCCGCAUGCCAAAUUAAAAGCCUUCCAAUCUCACUAGGAAAUGUUAACUUCACAUCACUUUUGAUCCUUGACAUGUCAUAUAAUGAUUUGAAGUUUCCACUUCCUGAAUGGUUUUUUUAUCUGACUGGCCUCAGAAAACUUGAUCUAAGAGGUAAUUUUUUGGGUGGUCCAGUUCCCAGUGAAUUUCAAAGCCUCAAAUCACUAGAAGCUCUUGAUUUGUCUUUUAAUGAUCUUGAAGGUCAAAUUCCCCAAAUUUUUGGGAACUUUUGCAAUCUAAAGACAUUGAAUCUUGCAAAUAACCAAUUUGAAGGGGGGAUUCAAGAGCUUUUGGGUGGUUUAUCAAGUUGUCCCAAUAGUGAAUUAGAGUCACUAGAUUUGUCUUCUAAUAAUAAGCUGAAAAGCCAAUUGCCUGCCUCAUUAGGGAUGCUACACAACUUGAAGUAUCUUAACCUCUACAAUAAUGAUAUGAGUGGGUCCAUUCCUAAAAGUUUGGGGCAACUCUCCGAGCUUGUUCACCUAGAUCUAUCUUUUAACUCAUGGGAAGGGUCUUUAACAGAAGCCCAUUUCACAAAUCUCACAAGAUUGAAAUACUUUUCAUUAGGCAAAGUCACCCGAAACCCAACUCUACCUAUUCCUCUCAUUUUCAAUGUGUCUUAUGAGUGGGUUCCUCCUUUCAAGCUGCACAAAAUUAACAUUGGGAACUGUAAAGUAGGUCCUGCCUUCGGGGCAUGGCUUCAAUCUCAAACUGAACUUGUCUUUGUCAAACUUGCUGCCACUGGAAUCUCAGAUUCUAUACCCGAGGAUUGGUUCAUGAAACUAUCAUCCCAAGUUGAGUAUUUGGAUUUGACUUCCAACCAAAUCCAUGGAAAGCUUCCCUUGCAAUUGAAACUCCCAAAUGCACUGGUUUUGGAUUUGAGUCAUAACCAAUUUGAUGGACCAAUUCCACUUUGGUCUGGUGACAAUAUGGUUCGGAUUAAGCUUGAAACUAAUUCAUUUUCUGGCACCAUUCCAUUGAAUUUUGACCAAAAGUUUCCAAAAUUGGAAUCAUUUUAUCUUGCUGAAAAUCAUUUGCAUGGCACCAUUCCACCUUCCAUUUGCAACAUGAAACACUUGUGUACCCUUUCUCUGAGAAACAACAAGCUAUCAGGAGAAUUUCCAAAAGCAUGGAGCCUGUUGCGUAAUAUAAUGAUUGUAGAUGUUGCAUACAACAAUCUCUCAGGCAAUCUUCCCAGUUCAAUGGGUGACUCGGGUUCUCUUUUCAUGUUGAAGAUGAACAACAACAAUUUCGAGGGUGAAAUUCCGUUUUCCUUGCAAACCUGCACUUCUUUGAGGAACAUUGAUCUUGGGAAUAAUAGAUUCACUGGUGAAAUACCUCCAUGGAUAGGAUCAACUGCUUUCUUGGUGUCAACCCUAAGGCUGAGAUCCAAUUUUUUAAGUGGAACUCUUGAUCUCUCACUCAACCACCUUUCAGGACAGAUUCCUCAAAGUCUUUCAUCCUUGACCUUCUUGUCUAACUUGAACUUGUCCUAUAACAACUUGAGUGGUGAAAUUCCUUUGGGAAACCAACUUCAAGCACUCCCUGAUUCAUCCAUUUAUGAGGGCAACCCAUUCCUUUGUGGAUUUCCUCUUUCAAUCAAGUGCUUCGAAGAUGGCAAUUCUACUCCCAAGGAUCCAAAAGACAAUGACAAUGAAGAUGGAAAUGAGAAGUUCUGGUUCUAUGUGAGUAUGGCACUCGGUUUUAUCGUAGGCUUUUGGGGUGUUUUUGGCACAUUAAUUGUGAAGAAGUCAUGGAGGUACGCUUAUUUUCGAUGGUUUGAUGAAAUCAAAGAUAAGGCAACGCUAUGUGUGCGUCGUUUGGUUUGCCAAGAGUGA